UUAUUUAAAGGAGCCCGGGAGAGUGGAGGAGAGUCAGUGUGUCCAACAGACGCAGGACUCAAGAUGCAGCACAUAUACAUGCAGAGCAAUGAACACUUUGAAGUUUUCACCACUGUCUUCUCUCCGCAAGUAAGCAGAUCAAGGCAUCGGUACAGACAUGAAGAACCAGAUAAGGUGGUGGUGACACACAAAUACGUCCCCCAGUGGCCCGAUGAAGUGGAGCUCACUCAGGGUGAAGUUAUCCAAGUCUUUUCCAAACACGAGGAGUCAAGGUGGUUUGGGCGGCUGCAGAGCGGUCAGCAGGGCUACUUCCCUGCCUCCUGUGUCAUUGAGCUGAGUCAUAAUGCAGACCAUAGGGAUGACGCCGCUAAGAAUGGACGAGGCUUACGGAGACACAGUUCAGUUCACGUUGGGGCCGCAGAGUUCCUCGGGGACUGUGCAGGUGGAGGCAGGCCGCAGCCCUCCAGGGGAGGGGAGGAGGGUCCUUUCCUGACCCUAAAGCACGAGGCCCAGGCCCCCAGCUCCCCCAGCCUGCUCCACAGGAUCCUGUCCAAACAUCGCAGGAAGAGCCACAGCCAGGGGGCCAGCAAUAGCGCCUUUGAACCCGACUGAAUCCCCCUGGUCUGCAGGACAGCCCGCCACUCAUCGCACAGCAGAAUGUCCCAUACUAAAAUGGAACAUGUUGACAAUACAUUACAUUACAUAACAGCUUGUUCUGAUAAAAGUGUUAUUUUUUUCACCAUACCUGUAUCAUUCUACCAACCACUGGUUGCUAAGCAACAAUAAUUCUUGGUUUCAUUUAAGUUGCUGAAGUCAAUAAUUUUUUUGUCGUUGGGGUGUUUUGGCAAAAAAAUUUAAAACAGAGUUGAAACAAUGUUUGGGACUCUAAAAUAACACAUUCCAUAUAAUGUUAUAUUACUUACAUAAAUUGCAUGGAUAUUAUAUAUACUGACUGCAUGGCUGCACAAUGUAUCGUCUAUUAAUCAUUAUCUCAGCAAUGGCCUUCACAAUAUAGACAUUGCAGAGAUCUGCAAUAUGCAAAUGAGCCUCUAACCAGUCACUGAAUAUUUUAUUGUGGGCUCUGAGUAUCCUGACGUCCUUCAGGUGUUCUUCUAGUGUUCUCCUGGUGUUAUUAUCAAAAAAUAAUGCAGGCUGAUCCUUUAAAAUUCUAAGAUGUGAUUACAUUUUAUUUGAAGCAAAAUGUACCGAUAUAAUUUAAAUAUAAUAUUGUGUCUAUAUAGAUCUCUGAGGUCGUGUUGUCUUUGUGUAGUCUGUGUCAUGCCCAAAAAAAGGAAAUCCAGGCCUAACACACUUUUCUCCAAAAAUUGCCAUUAUUACACCCUGUGGGGUUCUAAAGUUGAAAUGUUCCAUCUUACAUUCAUUUACCUUCAGUGUCACAGGAUCUUCAAAAAUGGAAUGACGGCUGUUAGAAAAUGACCCAGGCCGAUCCUUAACAGUCAUCACUUGUGAGCAUAUCGCAAUCGCAAUAUGUAGCCAUACAAUUGCAAUAUGGUAUUUUGCCCAUAUUAUGCAGUAGUAAUUGACAACAUACACAAUAUAUUCCAUUCUCCUUUGAGGCUCUGCUGUAUAAGGGAGCCAAUCUGGCAUGCUGAGCUAACAAGAUACAGGAGCCUCUUCUUGCUCAUAUAUCACACUAAAACUGUGAGUCUAUGUGCAGUGUUGGAGGACAUGACCAGAUCCAGUGGUAACAUGACAAAAAUGACAGAAUGGAAUAUGAAGGCACAUGCUGUAAAAACCGCGGGGUAGGAAGUCCAAGGAAA